AUGAACAAGCAGCAGAAACUUCACGCUGCUGCUACUUGCAUUGAUAGAAUCCCGACUGAGUGUGCAUUUCUUGAUAUAUCCAUCGGCGGAGAACCUGUUGGUCGGAUAGUAAUCGCGCUACUUGAAGACGAUGCCCCGGUUGGAGCUGCUAGAUUUGGUAGUCUUGCCAGUGGUGCUUCUGGCACUAGCUAUAGAAGGAAAGAGUUCGUUAAUGUUAUGCCCAGCUACGUUCAGCACGGCGGAGUAGGAUCUUUCGUUGCGCCUGCCGAGCUCGCAAAGAAGACAGGAAGGAAUUUGGAAGUCGAUAGUCUCAAUGAAGAGUGGGAGAGAGUGAAUGACUAG